GUCUCUUACGCAACACGCAGCGGAGGGCUGUGAUUUGCUGCAGCCAGCCCUCCCUCCUCGAGGGGAACUUAUUACGGGAGUUCGCAGGCGGAGCGGGUUUUCCUCCGACAUAAAUUGUGACUGGUACAAUUGGUGAAGUCGGGUACGAAACUGUCCUUUCUGGCUUCCUGUGGGGGGACAGUCAACUGUGUCGGAGAAACCCGCCCGCUGGGUCCAUACGACGCCGAGUAGAAAGGAGGACGGACGCGGUACCUGGGAGUUAAACAUGUCGGGAAAUAAGGAGAGCGACGGCGGCGGUUGGAAGAAUUUUAUGUGGAAUUCGGAGAAGCGAGAGUUUCUGGGACGAACGGGCUGCAGUUGGCUUAAAAUCUUCUUGUUCUACGUGAUAUUCUACGGAUGCUUGGCUGGAAUUUUCAUUGGAACCAUUCAGGCAUUGCUGCUCACAUUAAGUAACUACAAACCCACCUACCAGGACAGAGUUGCACCCCCAGGUCUAUCACACACCCCACGCUCAGACAAAUCAGAAAUUGCUUUCAAUAUUAAUGAUCCAACUACAUAUAAGAAGUACACUGACAGCAUGAGGAGUUUCCUAGGAAAAUACCAAACUGAUCAACAGAAGGCAGAGUCGAAAUUUGAAGACUGUGGAGCUACUCCUCAAACAUACAAGGACCGUGGUUCUCUGGAAAAUGACCUGGGACAGAGGAUGGCUUGUCGUUUUAACAUCUCUUGGCUUCAGCAGUGCUCAGGGCAGCAUGAUCCGACUUUUGGUUUCGAAGAGGGAAAGCCGUGUCUUAUUGUUAAACUCAACAGGAUCGUCAACUUCAGACCAAAGGUUCCUGGCAAUGAAUCUUCCCUCCCAGAAGCUCUGCGUGGCAAAGUAAACCCCAACUUGAUCCCCAUUCACUGCAAAAAUAAGAGAGAAGAUGAUGAAGGCAAGAUUGGUGAGAUCAAGUAUUAUGGCUUGGGCGAAGGCUUUCCUCUUCAGUACUACCCAUACUAUGGCAAACUACUACACCCACAGUACCUGCAGCCUCUCGUGGCCAUUCACUUCACCAAUCUCACUGUGGGGCAUGAGCUCCGCAUCGAGUGCAAAGUAUAUGGAGCAAACAUCGACUACAGCGAGAAAGACCGCUACCAAGGACGUUUUGAUGUCAAGUUCACAAUCAGCUCAUGACCUCAGCCAUGACGAGCACUCUCAUGUUCACAACUCAUAAUAUGUAGAGAGUAAUAAAGUUCAGAUAAACACCACUAGUCUUUGAACAUUCAUAGUAUACAGGACCUACACUUAAUCCAUGUGCUUUACACUAGCUUUUCUGUGUGUUUGUUAAGGGUUAGAAUGUAAAAGAGUAGCAAUAGCAACUAUUUAUUCUACUGAUGAAAUGAAAAUAUUCCUUGAGCCAUGAGGAUGUGUUCAUCUAUUACUGUAAAACCACGAUUCCACUACUGACGUGUAGCGAACUGUGUUUUCCCCAAGUAUUUCAUCCUAACGUGGUUCCUAUCUAUUUUUGGAGUGUCCAGUGCUGUAGUUCAGUCCUGUUGUAAUCUUACUUGUCUUAUGUCUGCUUUAGUGGUCCAAGGUGUGCAGAUAUGUUCGCUUAUGUGAGUGUGUGGGGUGUGUGUCAAUGUGCUCUGACUAACUGAAAUACUAGCAUAGUACUAGCAUGGUACUCUGAACCUUUAAAACCCUUGUAUGAGUAAAUGACUGUGCUCCACGGCAUCUUUUGUCUCUUUUUAGCCAAGUUUUUCACAUUGUGGAAGGGUACAUUUGUAAGCCUUUUCUUUGUUGUUCACUUCAGUUGUAGGAUAUAAUUUGGUAACACUUCUGUUCGACGCUCUUACAUCUGUUCAUUCUUAAUUCAUAGUGUAAAGCUUUGUGGGUCCAGCCUAGAAGACUGUCACCUCUGUGGAAACAGUGGCAACUCAGUGCUUUGAAAUCUGUUUUGCUGGAGACAUCACCUGAAGUGAUGUAACUUACUAUUGAAUGUUUUAGCCAUUUUCAUAAUGAAAGAAUUUUAUAUUUAUGCAGUUGUACAUUUUUUUUCAGAGUUUAAUGUAUGAAUCCAAUACCAAAGUCGCUGGUCAAAAAGUUAGAGAAUAUCAGAGGCAAUGCAGUAUCCCUCGUAAUAAAUUGUUUAGUUGGUGUGACAAUACUUAAUUCAAUGUUGACAAUAAAACAUUUGUCAAGAGUG